AUCUCUCUGGAGUCACUGUUGGCAGGCCCACAGAUGAGAGCAUUGGGAUCUGUCCAUGUUCAUUCUGGUCACAGCUGAUAACCGGCCUAGAAAUCACCCUCAACUUUGAGCUGCAAUGGGAAAUUCCAACUCUCUCUGCCCCCGCCCCACAUAUACAGCACUGAUUUGAAGAUUCAAUACAUAAUGAUUUCUUAUGGGGCCUACUGGAUGCCUUGUUCUAGAGACAAGAUGGGAUAGCCUCUGCCCCUACCUCCCUGGCAUGUGUAGUCUACUUACAAGUAAGCUUGGCUCAAGAAGUGAAAAACUAUGUAUCUCAUGGAUGUUUCAUCCAGAUGUCCUGAUUUUCCAAAUGCAUUCUUCAAAUCCUGUGACUGGCACUCCAAUAUCCUCUGAAAUGGUUAAAUGGCCAGUCAUCCCUUUUACAGAGUCCUCAUCUCAUCCCCAACUGUAAGAUGAAUGCAUUCAUCAUCCUGGGAAUGUAGCCAAAGAGGCCAUUUAUAGCCACCUUCCAAGAGUCUAUUAGUUUUCACUUGUAAGCUUAACAGAAAUCCAAGAAUAACUCAGUGGCUGUGCUCACUACUUUAUACUCUCAACAUCAGAUUGCUAAUUGGUCAUGGGGCUCAUCACAGAGGCCCUGUGUGAAUGGCCCAGGGAUAUUAUCCAGUUCUCACCCAAAUGCUGAGACUCUGGGAAGCGUCCCUGAACACCAAGUCUUGAGAGACAUCCUUACCCCUUCCAUUUAGUGUCUACUAUUUUCUGCAUAGGGCUUAACUAGUAUUAGAAGUGACCUUCGUUGUUUGUUUAUUAUCUGUGCAUCUCGAUGUCCUCUCUAGUUUCCUCUUUAUAGAGGCAGAUGUGCUGUCUUAUCCCCAAGUCUGUCCAUGGCAUCAGGCACUUAGUACAGCAGACAUGUGUUGCCUAAGUCCAUCAUCUCGUUGCUUCUCAGCAACAGGAAGAUUUGUGUUCUAACCACGUGGUAAAGCUAAGCCUCCGUGUCUACAAAUGGUUGCUGGAGCAGCAGGGUGAGGAUUCAGCCCAUCCUUCAACCCCCUGCUCAGCAGGAGAGGUCCAGCCAGGAGCACAAAGCAUAUGAGUCUGCCCUGCAGGAAAACUAGCUACUGUGAGCUCUCUGAUCUUCUAUGAGCACUUGGAGAAUAGGUCUGGGAGGACUCUGGUUUUGCUAGCAAACUGUUCUGCACACUUCAACAACCAGGCUCCCCACAUAAAGAAGGUGAGAACGGCUGCAAAUGGUGGGAUUUUUGUUCAUUUUCCUACUUGUGUCCUUUCUUGUUGACAUAGAAUAUUAGUCAAUGCAAAAUUUCUGGACACUGGUAAGCUUGAGGAUGCAUUUGUAAGUCCGUGUUCAUAAAACGCUUUUGUAAUGGCUUGCAGGGGAUGAGUUUGUUUAACAAGAAGGCUCAAAAUGUUACGUUAAUUUGAAACAGCUGGAUGAUUAUCUCCACUACACCAGGCAACCAGAGGGGAAGGUAGCGGGGUGGGAAAUCUUCCUCCUGCCUGGCUGUAGGGAUGUCUGUAAGGGGUGGAGAGAUGAUCUGAAAGUGUUAUAGGCGUCCACACUUCCCAGCUUCACAUCCAAGCAUAGUGACAGGAAAGCUCCUUGUGAUGUGUCUUAGAGGCAUCUUUUCCAGAAAGGACCUCACUCUGAAACCUAUUUACUUGGAUUGACAGGUGAGGCUAUUGUGGGAAAGCUUGAAACAUGGGAUCCCUUGUGUUUUCUGAAGUCACCAGCAAUCAGUGCUCAGAACUGAAACCACAAAGGACCUGAAAGCAAAACAAGGGCAUUGGAGGCUUUGCUGAGGAAUUCCCUGUGUCCCUUGUGGCAUGGUGAGGUGACCAAUGUUCCUGAUUCACCAUUAGUGUGCAGGUGGCACGUUAUAGAGCUGCCUGGGCCGAGCAAGUGCUGCAGGCAGAGCUGGCUCCGAUAAGGAAACCGCUCCCUGUGUGGUAGGUGGCCCAUCACUUUCCCCUUCAGCUGGGCUCAGAACAAGGAAGAUCAAAUCCAGUGUGUGCUCUACACACUGAAAAUCGGGAACUUGAUCGCUCUGGGCUAACGAUGUGUUUUAAAAGAAGUGGGGAGGAGAGGUGUUCUUUCCCUGAAAGUUCCCAUCCACUGUUGAGUAAACACCAUAAAUCUACGGUGGGAGACAGGCUGCCUGCACUCAGGUUACCUCCUGCUACAAUUUUAGCUUCAAGUUUUAAUUCCCCGAACAUGAACAACAUUGUAUUCCAGCACAGGUCUGAUUAAUGAGGCAAGUUCGCCAACUUUGGGGUCAAAGGGCAACUUCCCACCCCCUUCCCCUCUUUUCCCCCUGUGGCUCAGUAACCAUUUCAGCAAAUCCGCCCCCCCCCACACACAUCCCCUCCCAUUAAAUAUACAAGGCAACCAACUGCACUAGAAACUAUAGGCCGUGGCAGAUAAACCCCUUUGUCUCUGGGUAGAACUCACUGUUGACGAAAGCAGGACCGCUCAGGUUUGCCCUGGGGAAUCCAAGAUGUCCAGUUGUUAGCUCCAGCAGGGGUUGUGUUCACCUUGCCAUUUGCCCAGGGGUCACUGAAAGUCUGUGGAAUACAGACAGACCAUCUGCUUCCCGGACCACUGUCACUGGUUUAUGCACAGAGACCAGAAAGUCCUGUUUGCAGGUAAAGUGACCAAUGCUGCAAAUUUGAAACUAGCAGAAGGUCACGCUCUCUAGAUGACCCAAAUUUGUACCUAAGAAAAAGGGAGAUUGUCUUAUUAAAAUAAUGUCUAUACUCUAAAUAUGAUGGUGGGUGCCUAGGAUAAUUUUGGAGUGGGGGUGAGCGGCUGAGUAUCUAUCUACACAUGCUAGGCACCCUCACAAGAAUUGCCAUGGUGCCCCUGGGAAUGGUUUUCGGGGGCUCUAGAAAAGCCCCAAGUCACUGGUGAGUUGUCAUUUGCUGGCAACAGCAGCCCUUUGUGGUGGGUGGCAUUGUCUCCAUGUUCUCCCUGUGAGCCAGCUGACACUAAUGAAAUGACAGGUGUUAUAAUGACUAACCUCCGUUGUCAAUUUGACUGAAUCUGGAAUCAGGUAAAACCCAAGCCUUGGGACAUUCCUGUGAGGAAUUUUCUUACCAGAUUAUUUGAGGCAGGAAGACCCACCAAAUCUGGGCCUCUGGUGGCAGGCCACAUAAAAGGACAUGGAAGAAGAAAACUUUGCUCUUUGCCUGCCUGGGCGAACUUCCUCUGGCAAGACUAUUUAUCCUGUUUCUACAGCAUUUCUUCACCAAUAUUAGAUCUGACUUUUUUGGGAUUCCAAUACAGACUGGAGACAGUGUCUCUCCAGGACUCCACAUUGGGACAGUGAGACAUCCAGCCUCGUGGACUGAACCUGAUUCUUGGCUUUUCCAGUGUGAAAAAGCCAUUGUUGGAUUACCUGGACUGCAUCCUGUUUCUGGAUCAACAGCAUCACAGGCAGAAGAAGGGAUGAAAUGCAUGGGAUCUCUCCCUGAAUCAGCCUUCCAUAUGCUCUGAGCACUGUCCCCACACUGCAGAUGUAGGCUGAGCUCACACCACAGCAGAGCCCAGUGAGAACUAAGGACACUAGAUGCCCCCUCCACUGCUGGGGACCAGGUUAGGGAGACAGAGUCACAGAUCCUGAGCACACUCUUCGGAUUCAUCUGUGCAGAGGGCAACUCAUGAAGUCCAAGCUGCUCCCAAAGUCAAGAAGCACUGGCCAAAGCCUGCUGGGGCUUGAAAGCUUGACGUGACCGCCUGACAUCAGAAAGUAUAUAGGUUCUCCUCUGGCCCCAGAAAAUGGAGGUGCGAGGCUAAAGGCCUAUUGUUCUGGGCCAUAUGGAAGAAAAGUGAGCUAUUCUGAAGACAGAUGACUUCAGACAAAACACUAAAGGAUGGUGAAUUAACAAAAAGCCCAAGGAAGAAAAAAAAAACUCAAAAUUCACCAGGAAUAGGUAAAGAACAUGCUGUGCCUAUCAGCACUGGGAUACUACUGAGCCACCAGGAGUACACACAAGAGUGAGAGCAAGGGAAUCAGACACCAAUGAAAAUGAAUGGCCCAGGUGAUCCAACAUCUCAGAGCACCUCUGUUGCAGUUUCCUCAGAGUUCUGCAUCCAGAACAGCUUCAAGUCUGCUGGUUGAGAUGGUCCAGCUUCAUAAACUACUCCUAUUAUUCAUGAUUUAUUAAAGCGUACCUGAGGAUUCAGAAAACAAACACCAAUUUACUUCAGAGAAGAUGAUGGGCAUCAAAGAAACAUCAUAUGGAGUUUUCUUUCCUUGUAAAAGCUAGCCACUGGACAAAGAAACUGCCCUUGCCUCAAUUGCUGACAGUGUACUUUCCAAACUGGAUGAUUAGAAUGCAAAAGAAAGCAACUGCCAAACUUUGCCAAGACAAGUCCUGAGGCUCUUAGAAUACUUGAGACCCUCUUCCUCAGGAGGCCUCUUCCACGCUGCUGAUUGUGCCGUCGCCAUGUCUCUAGUGAUCCCCGAGAAGUUCCAACACAUUCUGCGGGUACUCAACACCAACAUCGAUGGGCGGCGAAAAAUAGCCUUUGCCAUCACUGCCAUCAAGGGUGUGGGGCGGAGAUACGCCCUCGUGGUGUUGAGGAAAGCAGACAACGACCUCACCAAGAGGGCUGGAGAGCUCACAGAGGAUGAGGUGGAGCGGGUGAUCACCAUCACGCAGAACCCACGACAGUACAAGAUCCCAGACUGGUUCUUGAACAGACAGAAGGACAUGAAGGACGGAAAGUACAGCCAGGUUCUGGCCAAUGGUCUGGACAACAAGCUGCGUGAGGACCUGGAGCGGCUGAAGAAGAUCAGAGCCCACAGGGAGCUGCGCCACUUUUGGGGCCUUCGUGUCCGAGGUCAGCACAGCAAGACCACUGGCCCCCGUGGUCGUACUGUGGGUGUAUCCAAGAAGAAAUGAGUCCCUGGGCCUUCACUGUUAAUAAAUAGUUUAUAUACCUGAAAAAAAGAAUACUUGAGACUCACUUGUGCUUCUUAGGGUCAAAUUAAAACAUAAAGAUAUAAUGAAGUCAUUCAACAUGUGUCUAAACUGCAUACGUUCCAUAUAGAUCAGUGGGGACAAGUUUGGAAGACAUCCCCCAGCGCCAGAAAAAUGAAAGACUAGAAAUGCGUCACAGAACUAGUGCAUAGAUUUUUCAAAAUGCUUGCUGUACAGUUUAUUCCCAAAAACAGCUUUCACAUCCGCUGCAAAGCAUUAUCAGCCAUAAAGAACAGUGUAUGAUUUAGGCCCAAAUCGGACAGAUCCUUCCUAUGGCCGCAUUCUCAGAAGAAUCCACUCACGAUACAGGCAGAAAGAGCAGAUGCAUUUGAACGAACCCCUAUUUUCUUUGUGCUUAUUGCCAUGAAGACUUCUUAGCUUGUUCAGUCCUCAUAAACUCUGCACCAACAGCGAUGCCUGACCCUUCUCUUGGGAAAGCCACUUUGAACUUCGCUCGUGAUUCUUCACUUUGGUCCUCUACCCGGCGGUGGAGCCAGUGUCCUAUUCUGGUCAAGGAGAAGGAAGCUUCAUUGCACUAGGGGUUGAGGGAAGGCUUUCUCAGCUUUGCUAACAUUUCUGGCUGUGGGACUUCUGAAUCAUUGGAGGAAUCUUGUUCAUUGGACAAGGAAUUCCCAGGUUCACCCUUGGGCCAAGCAUCUCUGAUGGCUCCAUGGAGAUGGGCAGAACCCUCCAAAGCUGACUCCAAACAAAAUUGCUUAGUCCUGGAAAGACCGAAGUCCAAACUCCAACCAGCAGAGGAGGGAGGAGCUGACAAACAAGCGUUUUCAUCAUCUUAGAAGAGAAAUUGGAUGCUAAGGACAAUGGUCUUCCUGACUGAUCACUGUCUUGGUCAGCGUGACUGUGCUGAGUCAUUCUGCUACAAUAGUUCUCCUCAGGUGGCCCAGCUGCUACUUCUCCCCCAGAGCUUCAAGAGCCAGCUGAUCACAGCCAUGGCUUCAGGCUCUUCCCAGGUUCUCAUGUACCCCAGGAUGACUUUGAGUUGAGUCGCUGCUCUGGCUUUCACCUCCCAAGUGCUGAAAUGACAGGCAUGCAUUACCAUGCCAGGGGUUCAAGCACUUCCAACAGGUCUACCCAUUUUCCACAACUUGGAAUUUGUUGACACUGUAAGACUGUGAUGCUGUCAACACCAUGCUCGGGCUGUCCUUCCCUCUUCUGCCUCCUUGAAUAGAUGUCCCCACGCUGCUGCUGAGAAGGGACCCUGAUGGAACAGAUAUUGUUGGUGCCUCCACUAGUCCAGUGUUGACGCCACCUGGACACAGCCACCGGAUGAUGCAGCGGUCCAUUUCCAGGCAAAUCAUCUUGUGCCUCCACAAAGUCUCUUCCAGAAUGAACCAACCUCAGUACUGAGGAAGCAAAGGCACAGAACAUCAACAGGCCAGUUUCCAGAAUCACCAUCAGGCCCCAUGUCUCGCUUGUGUUUUGUAAAAUCUGUUGGCGGCCACUAGGCUUUGCAGUUGGGAACAAGGGAACGAAAACACUACUCCCUUGAGGAAAAAGACCUACUGGAGAAUUUCCUGGCUCAAUGAGAAGAAAAUAGCCCAGCUGAAAACAUGGCCUAUAAUUGUACAAUAAUAAUUACAGUAGAAUUGCUCAUGAAUUUGAGGGUGGGGGAUGCUGGAGGAGUUGGAGGUGAAGAGGAAGGACUAGAAGUUAUGUAAAUAUCCCACACUUAUGAAUGAGGGUCUCAGAAAAAAUGUAAAAAUUUAUAAAAGUAAUCACAACUUUCAAGAUGAAAGAAAGGAAGAAAACUUCAAUUGUCCUCACCCUUGGGACACCAUAUGGAUACAAGCAGCAGAAGCCUUCUUGGUUUUGGACUAUGAUUCCAGGCUUUAGUAAGAAGGCCUUGGGAGCCUACAAAGAAACCAAACCUGUAUAUGUGAAGAAAUUUUUGUGUUUCAUGUAAUUAUGGAGUCUGGCAAGUUGAAAAUCUUCAGGGUGAGCUGACUGGCUGGAGAACCAGGAAGAACCAAUGCUACAUUGCAUAUGCCUGGCAAUAGAGUGCAUUGGUGGCGUUUCACCAGGAUGCCUGACAAUGUUCCUCACUUACUUUGUAUAUAUGUAAUUCAUAUAAUUAAUACACAAAAGUCCUGUAAAUUGUCACACAGCUUGCUGGUGUGCUGGAACAGCCAGUGAGCUGGAGCAGGAUUAAGAAUUUGUAUUAGAGCCGGGGCGUUGGUGGCACACAACUUUAAUCCCAGCACUCAGGAGGCAGAGGCAGGUGGAUCUCUGUGAGUUCGAAACCAGCCUGGUCUACAAGAGCUAGUUCCACCACAGCCUCCAAAGCCAGAGGUGAGUCGUCACUCCCUGCUGGGGAGCAAUCAGAGAGCACAGCCCACCAGAAAGCCCAAGCAUGGCCUGCUGUGGCUUCCAAAAAACUAUCUUAAGAAGUUCCUCUGGGCCAGUUCGGUGGCCCUGCUCAGAGACAUCUGACACCAGGGUUCUGCUCACCAGAUCUGAACUCCGAAGCGGGACCCAGUGCACCCAGACACUGACAAGGCCCCAGUAACAGUUCUGCCUCCAUCCAAGAGAAGAGUUCAGACAUCAGAGUAUUGGGUCUAUUUGCAUCUACCAGAAGGGAACC